CGGUCCUGGGCGGGGCUAACAGGGAGGGGCGGGACCAGGCUGGUUGCGCGCGCAGAAAGCUAGUUAGGCGACAGUUCAAGAUGGCGGCGGUUAUGUUUCGGUUUGUGUUGAGGGGCUGGAGAACCGGUGUCCCGCCGGGCUGCGGAUUACGGCGACUGAGCCAGACCCAGGGGACUCCUGAUUACCCCGGCUUGCUAGAGUCUGUGGAUGAAUACCGUUUUGUGGAGCGCCUGUUACCCCCCACCAGCAUCCCAAAGCCCCCAAAGCAUGAACAUUAUCCCACUCCUUGUGGUUGGCAGCCCCCUAGAGACCCCCCGCCCAACCUGCCCUACUUCGUGCGGCGCUCUCGGAUGCACAACGUCCCAGUCUACAAGGACAUCACGCAUGGAAACCGUCAGAUGACUGUGAUCCGGAAGGUGGAGGGGGACAUUUGGGCCCUGCAGAAGGAUGUGGAAGAUUUUCUGAGCCCACUGCUGGGGAAGACACCUAUCACCCAGGUCAAUGAGGUGACUGGUACCCUUCGGAUCAAGGGCUACUUUGAUCAGCAGCUCAAAGCCUGGCUCCUGGAGAAGGGCUUCUGAUGCCCAGCUGAGCAGCCUCCAUGACAGCAUCCCCCUCAGACUGGAGUCCCGGGGAUCCCAGGAGGAGGGAGGAGGCUGUUGGAGCAAUAAGGAAAGAGGGGGUACAGAGACCAGGGCUGAGGGCUUUGGAGCAGGCCUUGCAUGCAUAAAGGAAGAAAUGGGACUCUGUAUGGGUGCCAGCACUGGGGGAGGGCUGUCUAACAUUGGAGACCCAGCAGAAACAGCCAAGCUAGAGGGGAGUGUUAAUGGCCCCUCUUCCCCACUUUGGUGUGAUCCUGCUCUCCCUUCAUUGGAGCUCCUUGACUUCAGCUACUCAAGCUUUAGAGGUUGUUAACUGCCCCUCUGUCGAAAGCAAUAGCCCAGCCUGGUUUACUGGAGGGUAGCCCAGGGCAGACCCAUUGGGCACAUUUCUUCCUUGGCCCACAGACCUUCACUGCUACAAAAAAUCCCUGAGCCCUUCUAGGUCAGACCUGGCUUAGUAGAGGCUACAGAGAAUCCAGGAUGACUCAUACACAGAUCCUGGAGGUCUUCAUUUCCAAGUGCCAUGCACGUCAGACCCUGGGCUCAUUCCUUUUUCCCGUGGAGAGGUAAAAUUGGCCUCCAUCUCAUUCUGUAUUAGAGUUGGACCUGACUGGGUUUCCAGCUCCAGGAAGCUAAGUGAGUAGCUGGCCUGCAGGGCUCCUUGAGAGUUCCUUGCACAGCCCACAUCCAUCCCUUCCAGGUUGCUGACCUACUAUCAAGGCUGGACAGGGUGCUUGAGGCAAGAAGAUGCUGACCUUUUGUCCCUAUCGUCCUAUCCUGCCCCAGCCAAGGAACCUUCACACUUGCCCCACCUUGGGAGUUCUAAAGGCCAGAGACCUGAGAUCCCACCCUACCCCCACCUCAGCAUCAAGCUGGCUCAAGACAGGGUUCAAAGCAUGGCCCCCCUACUUGCUCUGACCUCAGGCAGGGCAGUUACCGUCUCGGGGUUCAGUUUCUUCAUAUGUAAAAAGGGUUUAUUUUCUGAAGACCUUAAUAAUUCAACACUGUGCCAAGGACAGUACUGCCUUGUAUAAAUAAACCCACAGACUCCAGGCCACUCUCAAGUCUACAACCUGAGUUUAGAAAAAGAGGGAAUGUGGCACACCAAUCCUAUCACACCAGUUCCACCAGUCAUUAAUGCAAGUUUUUAUUUAGCUGUAUAUACAAUUUAAGCUAUAAAAAUUUGUACAAUAUUUACAAAUUAAAUAAUCAUCUGAAACUGUC